CUAACACUACGUUAUGCAUUGAAUAGUCUCGAUGGGAAUAAACAUUACAUUUUCUGUUCAACAAUCUGACAAACAUAACACGAUAAUGAGACUGAAUUGAUGGUUGAACAUUUUUGGCUUUAUUUAGCACAGUAAACUUACCUUAUCAGUCACACUUGAACAUUUUCUGUCUCUUGUCUAAUUUUCUGACUCUUAAUCUAAUUUCAUGGUCGAGUGUUAUCCUGCUUUGUCAUACAUAGUACAAAGAGUAUUUUUUAGCGUAUUUAAUUUUUUCUCAACAAAUUAAAAUAAAUCAUAAUGUGCCUGUAUGUUGGGUGAACAGUUUAUCAAUUUGACCAUUGUGCAUUUAUUAUGGAUAGAUGUACCCGAUGCACUGAAGACACAGUUUGCGACCCUACACUGUACAGUAAUGUUUAUUAUGUUCCAUCAGUACAUUUUAUGGACACCCCAGAUCUACCUCUAGCACCCGCUGAUCCAUGUGACUCGGAAGCGGAAGACCUCAGUGAUCCGGACGAUGGAGAGAAUGAAGAUUUUGUCCCUCCACGCAGUAUAGAUUUACCGCCCCCUUCAAAGAAAUCGAGGAAUAGAAACAGGCUUGUUGAGGUGUCUUCAGACCUCAAUCAAACUCCCUCCCCUCCCGCAAAGUCCAGGAAGACCAAAUGGGUCAAAAAGGACAUCCCGACCUUCACUCUGCCCGAGCCCGUCUUCGAGCUUCCAGAGUCGGUCCAGACGCCGUUUCUGUAUUUUAAGAAGCUCUUUACUGACCGGACGAUUGUGCACAUGACUGAGCGUACCGACCGGUACUCGGUUCAACGGACCGGGACAUCCGUCAACACCACUGCUGCAGAAAUGGAGGUUUUCUUGUCAGUUUUGCUCUACGUGGGUGUUUUUGAAUUUCCCUCUUCGGAAGAUUACUGGGCCUCCCUGCGAGUCACGCUUCCCACCAGUGGCUGAUGCCAAUCAAGUGGAUGUCAGUGAAGCGCUUCAAACUGCUCCGAAGAUAUGUCCACUUCAAUGAUAACUUCCAGAUGGAGGGCUGCCCUGACCGCUUCCGUAAGACGCGCCCUCUUUUUGACCAAAGAACAAUGCCUCCUUAUUAGACCUCCUCCUUGGCGCCAAGGUUGUCUCAAUACUCUGCGACACUAUCGCAGUACACAAAGAGGCAACUGUGGUGUUCUACGACAACUUCUUUACCAGCUUCAACUUGGUGAAGACGCUGCACACCAUCCUGGGACUGAGAAGUGUGGGUACCGUCAGGGUAAAUCGCACAGAUGGCGCUGCUUCACGUUUUAUUGUCUGAGUCACUCUGUUGCACAGCUAAAGAAGACUGGGGAUUUAUUUUUUUUCCUACCCUCUCGUCAAGUGCAUUGUGAGAUGAAGACGGAGUGAGAUAAAUGUAGUAAAGCGGAUCGCUUAACACACAGAAUAAAUAAUUGUCAAUGUUGUAAAAGCUUAAAGAAGUUUUAGUUAUUGUAAACUGCCGUUUGCACUUUUGUUUUCCUUGCUUGUUUUAAGAAUCUUCGGUGAGUACAUCAGAAGUGAGAUUUUCUGCUAGCAUUUCAUUUUAAGUUGAUUUAAAACUAUGAAACUAUAAUGUGCAUUAUGUGCACUUUGUUACUUUGUUAUUCCUGUUAUGUCUUUUGACAAUGAAACAAAACCAGUCGGAGAUAAUUGAUAUGUUUAUCUUCACUUCUACUGUUGUUAUUUGAAACGCCAUGCGUUCUCUUUCAUCAUCUCGUGUUCGAGAUCCACCUAUGGGAAGGGCAUCC